AGAGUCCCCAAAAUAAGUAGGAAUGGGCAGCGUCUGCUCACAUACAGCACACCUUUUCCAGCUGCUACUACGGCCUGGACAGGCUGGAGGAGUCCUUCCCUGCCUUGCCCUGGGAGAGAAGCCACCGAGACCAUCCUAAGGCACCAUGCGGCUGCUUCAAGUGACAGCUCUUUUCUUCCUUGUGUCCAGCUGUAUCUGCCAGAGCGAGGACAGCGGAGAUGUUCAAAAUAUACCUACUCCAUCACUGCCAGAAAAUUCUACAACAAAAUCAUCUGUCACGACGCCAGGCACUAUGGCAAUAAAAAAUCUUACCAACCCGACAGAUGGAACACCAGCUAAAGGCACAGCCAGUGAUGAAUUAUCCAAAACAACUCCGGUACCAGCAUUUAAUUCACCGACAACAGUAAAAAGUAAAGAACCAACAACUCCUAGUCUCAUAAAGAAUGAAGUUCCCACGACAAACACAACAGUGCCAAAUCCUCCUGUUUCAAAUGCUGUUUCAACCCUACCAAGUUCCCAGCACAAAACUGAGAAUCAGAGUUCAAUCAAAACACCAGAAGUGCCAGUGGCCACUCAACUGCCAGAUGCCCUGCCUAAAAGCACCGUGCCACCCUCAGCAUCACUAACAACUGCAAAAACCAUCCCACAGCUGCAAGACACCGAAGAUGGGAAGAUCACAGCCACUCCAUCAACCACCCCCUCUUACUCUAGUAUUAUUUUGCCCGUGGUUAUUGCGCUGAUUGUUAUAACACUCUUGGUAUUUACUCUGGUGGGUUUAUAUCGAAUGUGCUGGAAGAGAGACCCAGGCACUCCAGAAAAUGGGAACGAUCAGCCUCAGUCCGAUAAAGAGAGUGUAAAGCUGCUCACUGUGAAAACAAUCUCUCAUGAGUCUGGCGAGCACUCUGCACAGGGGAAAACCAAGAACUGACAGCAUGAUGGAUCCUCCCUACACCUGGGCAAUAAAUAUGUUUAAUCUUCAGCUUCUGAAAUCCAAGUGUGGAAAGGAGACAGUCCCGAAGAACCAAUUCCAUCUCACGGUCUCCUCACAAAUCUACAUCAGUUGCCUUUCCCUGCAAAGGAUUGACAUACCAUAACCCAAUAGAAACAUAAAGAGUUCUAGAUAGCUCCUGUCUGAGAUGUAGAAAAUCAAAUGACUCUAGUUUUCAGGGACAUUUCAAGGAGGAACUUUUGUGAGCAGUGACCCCUCAGCCUAGGCAGGUGGGCUCCCGGGAGACAAGCCAUAGAUGAGUUUAGAGUUUCCAGGGCUGAGUUUACAGCCUUGAUCCAUGGAGACCUGCCUAUCUUCUUUGUGUUCAUAUAUUAGCUAGUGUUAGUAUUUAUUGUUUCCCACUAUGUUAAUGCAGGGAGAUUUUGCAAGUGUGUUAUUAUGUUAAGUAGAAAUCAUACCAUGUUCCUCUGUACAGACAGGUAUGCUAUUCAUGUUUUCAUGUGUUACUUUUUAAUAAAUAAUGGCUGUACUCAGCACACUAAACAUUA